GACUAGGCACCCAAAGCGUCCUGUUAUGCAACAACUGACCUACUAACAUACAUUUCGACGCUGAGAGAGAGAAGGGGAAAUUGGGAGAGGGAGGAAUUGGAGCAAACAUGACAUGAGCGAGGCACUGAGAUCGAGAUCCACUGUGCUCGCGCGCCUCCUUGAUACGUGCACCGAACGGAGAGCUGGAGUUUGGCAAAAAUUGGCGGAGGCUGAGUCGUGUUUUGGAGGAUGAGACGACAUCAGACAACCACGCCGAUUGGUGCCCACUGUGGAUUCUCUCAUGCAAGCCACUGACUUUUAAUCUUGACGGCGACAAGAGAGAGAACAGAGAAGGCGGGAAAACGAGCAAGAGUCGCCAAGAGAGCGGCACACUGAAGUCGACUGGCGGACGGACUUGCUGCUGUUUGCAUGCAGAUCUGGGCUUCAGCGUCUCAGUCAGGAAUUGGAGCUCGAGUAACCGCAGCAACAAGUCGAUCAAUGAGGCUGUGAGCUGCAACUCCUCUUGAUCUUUUUGGCUCAUUUGGACGCUUGAUCUCCCUCCGGCCUGAGCCGCACUUCCAGUAAAUAAACUGAUCGAGAUCUUCAAGGAGCUUUGAAAGGGGCGAGCGACAUCACCUUGAUCUCCGACCCGUUGUUUUGCUCAGUUUCCCGUUCAAACUGGCUCCUACCAGACAAGAAUGGAAAAUCUGACUUCAGUCCUCAAAAACUCCGGAAGUAGCAUCACCUGCCUCGAGACCUUCGCCGGUUAUGAGGAGUCAAUGCCGUCUCUCCAAGGGACGCCGCCUCGCAUAGGCCGGGUCCUCAAACCCAAACCCAACAUGACCUGCAGGCGAAAACGCGAAUUCAUUUCCGAUGAGAAGAAAGAUGCCUCCUAUUGGGAGAAACGGCGCAAGAACAACGAGGCGGCCAAGCGCUCCCGUGAGAAGCGGCGUCUGAAUGACAUGGUUUUGGAGAACCGGGUCAUCGCGCUGAACGACGAAAACGUGAGGCUCAAGACGGAGCUGCUCCAGUUGAAGCUGCGCUUUGGCCUGAUAAGCACCGCCUCUUACAUUGAAAAGAGCCAACAGAUUGAGGGAAGCAACGGCGCGGGAAACGGAGGCUCCUCUUCGUCGUCGUCCUCUCAGUACUACUCCAGCGGCUACUCCAGCAGUUCGCAGGUGAUGAUGAACUCCGAUUCCUCCGAAACCGAGCAGUGCGGGCUCGGCGAGGGCCACAGGCAGAUGGCCAAGUACUCGCCCCGGGGUUCCCUGUCCGACAUGUCGGACGGCUCCUCCAGAGACAGCCCGGAGCCAAUUCCCUUUGAGAUCAAGCAAGAAGGCGACAGGCUGGAGAUGGAUAUUACCAACGGCACCACCACCCAGAUCAUGUUUAACAUCCAUCGAGGUCUGGCCUCUGUCCCCACUCAUCAUCAGCUCCAGCAGAGUUCGCAGGAGAUGGAGGCGGCCUAUCACAGCCAGCAACAGCAGCAGCAGCAUCUUCACCAACAACCAGCCCGCCAGGAGCCCGUUUCCGCCGUCAGCGGCCAGGUGGCCCCUCAGCCACCGGCUGCCCAGAGGAGCGUCAUUCUCUUUUGUCCCGUCGACAGCUUGACGCGGAGCCAAGAUAGCGAUGGGCAGAAGCAAAGCAAAAGCGGCAGCCAGGCGUGCGCCGGCCUACAGCCGCAGCCCUUCGCGGAGACCUGCGCGGAGCCUCUUGCCGAGGUGAUGAAACGGCUCGAGAGGAAAACAUCAGACUCCCCUCUGUACGAGCUCUCAGGCAGCCGCGACGAAGAUGGACAAGGACAAGUGUACACGACUUGCCCGUCUCCCCAGCAGACCCUGCGGGAGCAGCGGGAGUCUCAUUUGCCCGGAGAGUUUAUCCACGAACACGUGGAGGAAGUCAUCCAAUCCCGGCUGUAUCGCCGCCACCAGCCUCCUCCUUCAUACCUCAGCGCCCAAGACGAGGAGCCGCCCAUUCUGAGCUUCGAGGGCGAGUUCCCCAACGACGCUUAUUACCAAGGCCGAUCGAGCUCCUCCAGCAAAGACACGUCAUCCAGCGACGGCGAUCCGCGGAGCUCCGACAAGGAGGCCUCCACGGACGAGGACGAGUCCCCGUCCUCAUCCUGCUCAGACAACUAUCACAGCCAACUUCUCAACGGCGUCCACGAGCCCACCUCGCCUCAACCCUCAUCGCAGAGCUGCUCUCAGGCCCAGGGCCGUGGCCGGGACUCCCAGGGGGAAGUGAAGGCCACGGCGUUACCCCACAAACUCCGGCUCAAACAUCGGGCCAUGAGCUCCGGGAGCAGCGGAGGCCAUUGCUCCGGCCAAGAGUCCCCAACAACACCUCCCUCGGCCACGCCGCCCCCGCUGCCACAGCACCCGUACUUAUCCCUCUCGCCGCAACAGAGCAUUCAGAGAGAGAACCCGUCCGAAGCCAUGAAAUCGGCAUUGGCGGGAGGGGACGGCGCGAGGAAACAUCACGGCAAAAAGGAGACGGGUGGACGACGGAAUAAGAGACGAGAUUAGGUGACUUCGCGUUCGGUCGCGGCAAAGCAUCCUCCGGUGAUAUGGAUCCAUCCAUCUUCCAAGACAUUUUCUUUCUCCUCUGUCACUCUCCUGCCAUAAUGCCUUGUUCGCCUCCGAUCACCCUCCGAUGCCCUCGGCGCAUGAAGCCGGCCUAUUUUACACCCCUAACCUCAAAGUCACCAAAAAGGCCGGACUUUGUGACUUGUAGGACUGUAUCAUACUUGUAUAUGUUGUACAGAUGUGUCAUUUCGUACAUUCUCUCCAUACCAACAGAAGCACUUUCUUUUUUUUUUAAAUGAGAUGAGAGGGGGAAUGGAACUCCGUGCUUUUACUUCAGCUGCCAUUCAUUUCACAAACGGCACAUUUGAAUCCAAAAAAAUAGAAUGUAAAACAAUCAUCAGUCUCCAGCUUUAGCAAGCACAAUAAAUUGGCCGCAUACCCGACUGCAGGCGAGCGCGUCGGGCCGUUUUCUGCCUUCAUUCAAACGCGAAACGAGCAUCCUCUCGGGACGUUCCCUUGACCAAAGAAACCGUCAGCCCCUUUGGAUACAAAAUUUGAGUUCCAUGCCUCUUCCCAGACCCUACCUCUAUGAUCCCGAUUCUCUCCCUGAGUUCACAAAAGAUCAUCAUCACCUUUAUUUUCUCAGCACUUAUUUUGUAUAUGACUGUGAUAUAUGAAUAUAUGUAUCUAUUCUAAAUCUCUAUUUUACCAAAAAUUGAAUACAAAAUGCAGCACACCUGCCAUGACAAAGGAUUUUGAAAUGAGCGUCCUUCAAGGAAUCCGAAUGAAACGACCGUACGGUCACGCGGUCCGCUCUUGCUAUACAGGACCCACUCAAAUGAUAAACGCCUCUCUCUUGAUUGUUAAGCUUUCGCAUAAUCACAUUUUGAUGACCCGUUUACACCGAGAAAAAAAAAAAAGGGCUGUCCGGUUUGGAGAGCCUGCAGCACUGAAUGAAGAACGUUUUGUUUUCUGGGGCGAGUGUGUCAUGAAGACGCUUGGAUUUUUUUUUUUUUCUUCGUCUAGAACCAGCCUUGAAAUAUGUGGUGGAUCUCACCAGCUGCCGGCUAUAAGCCUGCAGUUGAUUUGAGCGUUAGCAACCAUAACUGUUGUCACUGGCCCAAUGUAUUUAUUUCCCUCCUCUCCGCUUGCCCGACACUGUAUAAAAAAAGCCCACAUGAACAUAGACAUCAUUUGUACAGCUAGGGAGGAACCGACAUCCACCGCGGUCUCGACUUUGAACUGUGAUGUCGGCAUUUGAUGCGUGGGGUUUGAGUUGACGAUGUGCUAAGUUGUACAAACGCGCUAACUGUGCUCUCAUUGUCACGAAACCAGCCGUGAUGACCAAUGAUGAACAUCGGGGUUACAACUUGGCCAAAGAACGGUUCGCCUCAUCAAAAUUUCCAUGAACACAAUUUCCGUUAGCCAUCCGCCUCCAAUAUCCAGUUCUCAAUGUAGCGCUAGCGCUCAAGUGAGUUUGCGUGUAGCCUGCGCUGGGUCCAAGUUAAACAGAAGUAUAUGUACCAUGUUUGGCUUUUUGACACUUGUGUAUAAAUGUAAAAUUCCCUCACCCUUGAACAACACUGCCAUGUUUAUUUCAUUGGUUUUGUAUCUUUUUUUUGUUUUCCCUCCCCCAUCACGGUGUUGUUCUGUUCCCCGUACUGUGGCGUUUAUCCUCUCGAUCCCGAUGACAUGUUUUCGACUCAUACCAAUUCCCCGCCCGCCCCCUUUUUCAGUGUGUAUUAACCGGUAACGUUUGUGGUUUUGCUGACGGUUUGAUGAAAAAGAGACAAGUAGACAAAAGGAAACGAGCACAGAUCGUGGUAUUUCGAGAUAGGUGGCAGUUGCUGGUCAUUACCGUCUCUUCCUUUUGACACGAAACAUGGACGGAACAACACGAAUGGAGGUGGGAGGCAUUUCAAGAUGGAAAAAUAUAUGUAAAAAAAAAAAAAAAAGAAGGUUAAACCAAUCGAAUGUCUUAACGUUAUUUUUAUUUUGUUCCAUUCGCAAACAUUUCUAUCAUUUAUGGAAAAUCUCCAAAAACCACAGCUGUAAAGCCAUCCUUAACCAGAUGAUGAAUGACAAAUAUAAUCGUGGUGACCGUUGUGCAGAGAAAUAAAAAGGCUUGUGUUGGUA